AUGCUCUACCUCGUUGGGUUGGGUCUUGCCGAUGAGACUGACAUUACUGUCAAAGGCCUAGAGGUGGUGAAAAGGGCCGAAAGGGUCUACCUCGAAGCAUACACAAGUAUUCUGCUCGUGAACAAAGAGAAGCUAGUGAGUGUCCCUGAAGCUUUUUAUGGACGUCCUGUUAUUGAGGCAGACCGUGAAAAGGUCGAGACCGGAAGCGAUGAGAUUCUCGCUGGGGCAGAUAAAACAGAUGUUGCAUUCCUAGUCGUCGGUGAUCCUUUUGGCGCCACUACCCACACAGACCUCGUUCUGCGCGCCCGCGAACUGGGCAUCGAAUCCAAGGUCAUCCCGAACGCAUCGAUCAUGUCUGGCAUUGGUUGCACGGGGCUGCAGCUGUAUAACUUCGGUCAAACUGUCAGCAUGGUGUUUUUCACAGAAAACUGGAAGCCCUCGUCAUACUACGAUAAGAUCAAGGAGAACAUAUCACUGGGUCUUCACACCCUCGUGCUUUUGGACAUUAAGGUCAAGGAGCAGUCAUACGAGAACAUGGCCCGAGGACGCCUAAUCUAUGAGCCUCCGAGAUAUAUGACCGUUGCGCAGUGCGCCAGUCAGAUGCUGGAGACCGAGGAGGAGCGCAAGGAAGGUGUUUACGGGCCUGACAGCCUUGCGGUCGGAGCUGCGAGAGUUGGAGCUCCGGAUCAGAAAUUGGUCGUCGGAACUCUGAAGGAAUUGGCAGAGGUAGAGAUGGGCCAGCCUCUUCACAGUCUCGUUCUCUUGGGAAGGAGAGCGCAUGACUUGGAGAAGGACUACAUUCGAGAAUUUGCCGUGGACAAGGCGACCUUUGAUGCUAGUUGGCAGAAGGGAUACGGUGCCAGUUCAUAA